AGUGCUAUGUCAGGAAAGUUCCGGGAGGCGCCGGCUGGGGCCAUGCUCCCCGCGCUCUGCGGGCGCCCGCGCGCAGCCCUUUGUACGAGGCAGAAGGACUCCUGCGGAAGAUGGAACUCUGUUUUUCAGAAUGUGUUUCCAAGCCCAUCAGCGAAACAUGACACGGCUGCUCGGUGUUGAGAUGCUUGCAGAACACCUGCUUCUCCGCUGUCGCCUUCCAUCCUAGUGGAACCAUGGUCUUCUCCGCGGUGUUGGCUGCGUCCCACACUGGGGCAACCAACACGGCGUUCGUCGUCUAUGAAAACACGUACGUGAACAUCACGGUCCCGCCACCACUCCAGCAUCCUGGCGUGGGUCCGCUGCUGAGGUACAGUUUUGAGAUCAUGGCUCCCACGGCGAUGAGUUCCCUGACCGUGAAUAGCACAGCUGUGCCCGCAACACCAGCAGUUUAUAAGAGCCUAAACUUGCCUCUCCAAAUCAUCCUUUCUGCUAUCAUGAUAUUUAUUCUGUUUGUGUCUUUUCUCGGGAACUUGGUGGUUUGCCUCAUGGUUUACCAAAAAGCUGCCAUGCGCUCUGCCAUUAACAUCCUCCUCGCCAGCCUGGCGUUUGCAGACAUGUUACUUGCCGUGCUGAACAUGCCCUUUGCCUUGAUAACUAUUUUUACUACCAGAUGGAUUUUUGGGAAGUUCUUCUGUAGGGUAUCUGCUAUGUUUUUCUGGUUGUUUGUAAUUGAAGGAGUAGCCAUCCUGCUCAUCAUUAGCAUUGAUAGGUUCCUUAUUAUAGUCCAGAGGCAGGAUAAGCUAAAUCCGUAUAGGGCUAAGGUUCUGAUUGCAGUUUCUUGGGCGACUUCCUUUUGUAUAGCUUUCCCUUUGGCUGUAGGAAACCCUGACCUGCAGAUACCUUCCCGAGCCCCCCAGUGCGUGUUUGGGUACACAACCAACCCAGGUUACCAGGCUUAUGUGAUUUUGAUUUCUCUUAUUUCUUUCUUCAUACCCUUCCUGGUGAUACUGUAUUCGUUUAUGGGCAUACUCAACACUCUUCGACACAAUGCUUUGAGGAUUCAUAGCUACCCUGAGGGUAUAUGCCUCAGCCAGGCCAGCAAGCUGGGUCUCAUGAGUCUGCAGAGACCCUUCCAGAUGAGCAUUGACAUGGGCUUUAAAACACGUGCCUUCACCACCAUCUUGAUCCUCUUUGCUGUCUUCAUUGUCUGCUGGGCCCCGUUCACCACGUACAGCCUUGUGGCAACGUUCAAUAAGCACUUUUACUAUAAGCACAACUUUUUUGAGAUUAGCACCUGGCUACUUUGGCUCUGCUACCUCAAAUCUGCAUUGAACCCGCUGAUUUACUACUGGAGGAUUAAGAAAUUCCAUGAUGCCUGCCUGGACAUGAUGCCCAAGUCCUUCAAGUUUUUGCCACGGCUCCCUGGUCACACAAGGCGACGGAUACGCCCCAGUGCUGUCUACGUGUGUGGGGAACAUCGGACAGUGGUGUGAAUGUGGGAACUGCCUGACGUUUGGGGGAUGGUUGUUCUUUAUCUAACUCUGAAUAUUCUUUCACAUGGCUUUUCCACUUCCACUUUACUGUUUUCUGUAGGUUUGUGUGUAAGUGUGUGUGUUUGCAGUAUAAAGAAAGAAUGAUGACUGGUUAUAAUUCUGUUACCAAGGAUACACAAUAGGGAAGUGAUCACAGAUGUUACCUCCAGGGUUCAAGAGAAACCCUUGAUUUAGGGCGGGAAGAUGGUUUUUUGUUUCUUUCGUUGAUUUUGUUUGGGAAGUAGGAAUCAGAAUUGUGCUUUAUUGAGCCUACAGUUACACUGAAUGGUAGGUGUUUGGUAUGCUGCUCAGGUGUGAUUAGUUGAGUUUAUACUUUUUCUUCUGGAUGACUCUGCUGCUUUUUGCCAUCGAAUUGGAGCCAAAAACCACAUACAUCUCAGUAGAUAAAUAUUUACUU